CCGUCCAGCUGUGGAUUGGGCGCCGUCGCUUGGCGGCGUGCGACUCAACGAAGGCGAGCAGCGACACAGACGCUGCAGAAGCUGUUUGUGUGGCCGUUCGCGCAGCAGGUAGGCGAGCGUCGUUCUAGCAAAUGGUUGGCGCGAUGCAGCAGCCGGCGAGAUGCACACUGCGGGCCCUCCUGCUCGUACGGCGGCUGGCCGGACACGGGCGAGAUGCGGCGCGGCACGCGUCCAACCUUAACCAGCCGCUGUCGGGAAACGACUGCCCGCGACCGGGCGGCAUAGCCACAUUCAUGCGCCUUCCGUACGCUGCCUCCGCGCACGGUCUGGACGUGGCUGUCUACGGAGUCCCCUUCGACUGCGGCACAUCGAACCGCAGUGGGGCCCGGUUCGGUCCCCGCCAAGUGCGUUGCGAGUCGUCGCUGAUCAGGCCGCACAACAUGGCCACCCGAGCUGCGCCCUACGACUCCCUCCAGGUGGCCGAUGUUGGUGACGUACCGGUUACUAUGUACGACACGAAACGUGCUAUAGGCGACAUCGAGCGCUUCGUGAAAGGUCUACUGAGCCAUGGCUGCGUGCCCGUGGGCAUCGGGGGUGACCACACUACCACAUAUCCCGUGCUGAGGGCGAUCAAGGAAAAGCAUGGUCCCGUGGGGCUGCUGCAUCUGGACGCGCAUGCCGACGUGAACCCGACCAUGAUGCACUGUGAGGUGGCACACGGCACUCCCUUUUACCGAGCCGUUCAGGAGGGCCUCCUGGACACACGCCGCGUCGUGCAGAUCGGCCUGCGUGGCUCCGUUUACGGACCCAACGAGGAGCGAUGGAGCCUGCAACACGGCUUCCACAUCAUCCAGGCGCAGGAAUGCUGGUUCAAAUCUAUGGUGCCCAUCAUGGAGACCAAGGUGCUGCCCGUGCUGGGCGCCGGCCCCGUCUAUAUAUCUUUCGACAUCGAUUGUCUGGACCCCGCAUUCGCCCCGGGCACUGGUACUCCAGAAAUAGGUGGUUUGACGAGUGCACAGGCGCUUGAAGUAAUACGCAGCUGCAAGGGGCUCAACAUCGUUGGUGCUGACUUGGUCGAGGUGUCACCUCCGUACGACACAAGCGGUAACACAGCGCUGACGGCAGCUAACCUGAUCUUCGAGAUGAUUUGCGUCUUACCAGGAGUGAAAAACUUGGAUUAGGCGCCAACAUCAAAAUUUCGAUGCCCGGCGCAUUGGCUGGUGUGUGUGUGUGUGUGUGUGUGUGUGUGUGUGUGUGUGUGUGUGUGUGUGUGUGUGUGUGUGUGUGUGCGUGCGUGUGUGUGUGUGUGUGUGUGCAUGAACGCACGAAUGCACGUUGCGUGGUUUAUCAUGGAAUACGAUUUAUAUUCCAGGCGCGAUCACAAAUAAAUUCCGUGCUCUAUAACGA